GUAUGCAAAUAAUCAAAGAUGACAUGACUAUGAAAAACUCAGCUCUAGAAUUGUGUAUGACAGAAAAUUAAAAGAUUGAAUCAAUAUGUUAGCAAUUGAAAAAUAUUUGUACUGUUUCUUAGAAGCUCUUGACCCCUUAAUAAACAUAAAAACGAAUAAGGAAGUUGAGAGUACUGAAAAAAAUGUCUAAAAAUCAAGACUCUUUUUAAGAGUCAUUUGAUAUUGAACCAAAAAAGACUAUUCUAAAUUAUUCUGAAGUCUCUAGAAAUGAAUUGGAAGAAAAGAUUGCAUUAAUUAGUGGAUUAUAGCAAUAGAUACAAUAAAUAAAAUGGAUGAUGUCUUAAAUACAGGAAGUGAUAUGA